AUGUCGGGGCAGACGGAGCAGGAGAGGUUGGCGCGUCAGUUGGCGCUGGCAUCGAGACAGUACAGUGAGCAGGCGGAGCUCACGGCGCAGCCGGUCUACUCCGCCACGCAGACCUUGUUUUUCGAGGAGAGGCGCGCCAACAAGAGAGGACCGCCAACGCCUUCUAUGUCGUCGAUGGGCACGCCGGGAGGACCUAUGGGAGUAGGAGGUGCGCAGACCACCCCGACUACUCCGCAAGGCCGGCAGUCGCUUUUUCAGCCCAUUCCGCUCGACCAGGAGGCUUCUAUUCAGGCCACGGCUUUUGCAGCCGGAGUGGAGGCCAACGACCCGGCCAAUGUGAAGCGCUGGUUGGGGGAGGCUAUUACUACGCGCCAACAGGUUCUGGAGACAGUUCGCCACUACCACACCGCAGUACUACGCCCAGAGCUGUACAAUAUGAUCACCCAGGUUGAGCAUGCUUUGGUGGCUUUCGACGACCGUCUACUCCGCCAAAGCAAGGAACUGAGCUGGAUGGUUUCGGAAAAUCGUACCACGCAGAGGCAGCAGGCGGCACUGGUCGUCAUCCUGACAGGGUGGUCUAACACUAUGCCACCAGAGGACAGGCUCUACAUGGUCACCUGGUUGCUACAGCAGGUCACGGCAGUUCGCCAUUUUCUGCAGACGCGAGGAUACAAGCUGGACGACGACUCCGCCGACAAGGUUUGGCUGAACUGCCUUACCACCGACCCGUCCACUCCGCCAGCAGGAGAGGGGAAAUGGAGCAAUAUUACUUUGAUCCAUUUCAAGAGUUGGGACCUUCGUCGUGCUUUCAUGGAGCAACAUGGAGGGUCUUCUGGAGUACCCCUCUACCAGGAUGGGUCUACUCCUAUUCGGGGCCACCACAUUCGAGCAACACCUUCGUCACCACAAUUCCAACGAAAGCUCGAGAUACCCAUACGGGUAAUCCUGCAGGCCCUCAAUGUGCAGUCUGGGCAGCCUUCUCAGGUCGUUAUCCUGUGGAAAACCCUGACCAUAAUGGCUCCACAGGAGGUCAGGGCUUUCGAUCCACAGAUCAAGGCGAUGGCAAGGCUCCACUACUACUCCUCCGACGACAAGCUCCAGGGCACACUCGAGAUCACCACGGACCUCUUCGAGAUCCUCAAUGCUACUCCGCCAGCUGAGCUCAUGACCGAUGAGCCCAGCAUCUGGACUUAUUGUUGGAACAAGGUGGUGUUCGGCCCGCAGCACGAGUUGGACGUUGCUGAGAGGGAUCUUUUUAAACAUGCCGCGGGAGCAGCCAAAGGCAGCUCCAAGGGCAUCAGUGUUGGGAAGGGUGGUCGGCAUUGGACGGCCCCUCUCAUCUACUCCGCCCAGCUCAAUCCCUUCCCGAUUGAUUUGUACAUUUCGAAGGUCUCGGACGUCGCUUUUGUAUGGGAUGAGUACUGCGACAAGUUCAAGGAGACCAGCUCCAAAGUGGGCAGCUACAAGCAGGCUACUUACCAAGGUGCGCCGGCUGUGGCUACUCCGCACGAGGGGGCCUCUUUCAACUCCGACGGAAGGGGCAUCAGAGUACGCCGCGAGCGGCGACGCCGCUACCGCCAAUGGCGUAAGCUCUUGAAGGAAACCAUAUUGCCAACGGAAGCAUGGAUGGUGGAAAAGGCGGCGGCCCUGCGCCGCGACAGCUCGGACUCGUCGAGUGACGUGUUCUCCGUAUCCUCCAAGGAACCUCUGCAGAUUGAUGUGGAAGGCCCCGCGCCGCUCUUCGCAUGCACCGGGCCUUGGGAUGUUGGCAUUCCCUCUGCCCCCCGGACGCAUCAGGCGUGUGGAAUUAAGCUGGGCACAGCUGCAUUUACUUCCAACGCACCGCCGCAGCCUCUUUGCCGUCGCUCGGCCUGUGUCGCACUUCGCAAUGGAGCAUAG